GCGGCCGCCAUCACACGUGUGGCAACGGGCGAGCAUCCCCGAAACGGCAGCGGCGGGAGCGGAGAUUGUGAUUUGGAGUCGUGGAGAAUUCAGAGUCCGUCCACAAUGGCAGAAAGGACAGAUGGUACACAGUCACAUCUUUCAGUGGCUGAAUACAGCCCUGUCAAUAAAUCAGAAAGGACAGACCCAAGUGAAAUGAAGCAUGGAAGUGAAAAUACUUUGCAACUGAAGAAAGAAAUAUCUUUGAUAAAUGGGAUAAGCCUUAUUGUGGGGAACAUGAUUGGUUCAGGUAUCUUUGUCUCUCCCAAAGGAGUUCUCAUCUACAGCAGAUCUUAUGGAUUGUCUCUCGUAGUUUGGGCAAUGGGGGGGAUUUUUUCAGUCUUUGGAGCUCUCUGCUAUGCUGAACUUGGAACCACUAUUACGAAGUCAGGAGCCAGCUAUGCAUAUAUCUUGGAGUCCUUUGGGAGCUUCAUUGCUUUUAUUCGUUUGUGGACCUCACUCCUAAUUGUUGAGCCAACCAGCCAAGCAAUUAUAGCCAUCACCUUUGCUAACUACAUAGUUCAGCCCUUCUUCCCUUCUUGUGAUCCUCCAUAUUUGGCUUGUCGUCUCAUAGCAGCUGCUUGUGAAUGUCUUUUAACAUUUAUAAACUGUGCCUAUGUUAAAUGGGGAACACGUGUGCAGGAUGUAUUUACUUACGCCAAAGUUAUUGCUCUCAUUGCCAUCAUCAUAGCUGGAGUUGUUAAAAUAUGCCAGGGGCAUACAUCACACUUUGAGAACUCUUUUGAGGGAUCCUCUUUUAAUAUUGGAGACAUCUCCCUUGCACUGUAUUCUGCCUUGUUCUCUUACUCUGGUUGGGAUACGCUCAAUUUUGUAACAGAAGAAAUCAAAAACCCAGAAAGGAACUUACCACUGGCUAUUGCAGUGUCUAUGCCAGUUGUGACUAUUAUCUAUAUUAUGACCAAUAUAGCUUACUAUACAGUGCUGGAUGCUCAAGCUGUUCUUUCUAGUGAUGCCGUGGCAGUGACAUUUGCUGACCAGGCCUUUGGUAGCUUCAGCUGGACAAUUCCCAUUGCUGUAGCCUUUUCUUGUUUUGGUGGACUUAAUGCUUCAAUUCUAGCAUCAUCAAGGCUAUUUUUUGUAGGAUCUCGAGAAGGUCACCUUCCUGACCUGUUGUCUAUGAUCCACUUGAAGAGGUUCACACCUGUGCCAGCACUGCUCUUCAAUUGUAUUAUGACCCUUUUUUACCUGGCUGUGGAAGAUGUCUUCAAGCUUAUUAAUUACUUCAGUUUCAGUUACUGGUUUUUUGUUGGUCUGUCUAUUGCUGGACAAUUAUAUCUACGUUGGAAAGAACCAGAUCGACCCAGGCCUCUUAAGCUGAGUCUGGCUUUCCCAAUAAUAUUCUGUAUGUGCACAGUAUUUCUGGUAGUAAUGCCACUCUAUAGCGACUUUAUAAAUUCAGUGAUUGGAAUUGGCAUUGCUUUAUCGGGAAUUCCAGUCUUUCUCUUGGGAGUCUAUUUACCUGCAUCAAGGAGACCUCAAUUUAUUAACAAGAUUUUAGGUGCAGUCACACGGAACAUGCAGCGGCUCUGUUACUGUGUUCUAACAGAGAUGGACACAAAUCAGGAAAAGAAGUUAGAAAGAAAAUCCAACUGAAAUUUGAAGCCAUUACAAGAAGGAGGAGGAAGGAUACAGCAGUUAAAACAACUAUGAAGGGAAGAGGUAGAACUGGAAAAAAUGGGAAAACUGUUUCCAGUGGUCUUUUAGAAAUACUGAAAAUGUCCUUACAGUUGGAUUCCCACCGAGAUCAUGCCCUUACGCCAUGCUCCUGAAGUGGGACGUGUUUCCAGGGCGUGUUUUCCGUGGGUAAUGAGUGCCUGCCCUUCCAGGCACAGCAGCUGUGCGUCACUACGGUUCCUUCAGAAUCGUAUUCCAAUGGGAAGAGCUCCCGGAUCAAAUUCCAUUGCUGCACAGCCACUGAAGUAAUGCAUUUUAACUUACACUGAAAACCACUUUGACUCAAAAGACCAAGUCAUUUCCAGCUUAAUUCUGAUGGAUUUUUGCAUGAAAUGAUUUGCUGUGCUAUCUCAGUUCUUAUCCCAGAAGACAACUACUUACAACUACCUACCUAAUUCGUCAUUGAGAAGAAAAAUGAAUAAAGUUGUGCUCCAUUAUUUAAAGACUGAACCAACUUUUCUCCCUUAGAGAUAAGUAUUUUAUGCCAUAUACUACAUGGAAAUGUGGUAUCUGACUGUGGCAGAUUUAAUCAACAAAGCACCUUGGCACUAAAGAUUUGAUUAACAUUUGAUGAUUCUUUCUUGUAAGCUUGUUAUUGGUGAACUUCUGCUAGGUUUUAUGAAAUUUUCAAAAUUAAAAUGUUCAGUUUGAAGCCUGUAAA